AGUAAUUCAGUACUUUUUGAUGAGUUAUAGGCUAAUCAUGCGUCACGAGCUGUGACUUUCGGUCAGUGUCCUUGCAUUGCCGUUUUCACAGCAGAAAUGAAAAUGUGUCUAGAGGGCAGUAUUGGGCUGCAAAUCCGGUGUGCGUGCGUGUGCCUGCGCGGGUCCGUUGCAACGCAAUUUCUGGACUGACAAAACGGAGAUAAAUGAGGGACAACUGUUCAUUUUCUCUGAAUGAAAGAACGUCAGGAUGACAGCAGAAAUCUUUCCUAAGGAGAAGACCAUCGAUCUUCGGAAAAAGCACAUUGGUCCAUCAUGUAAGGUGUUCUUCAGCCAUGAUCCCAUCAAGAUUGUGCGAGCCAAAGGCCAGUACAUGUAUGACGAGAAUGGUGUGCGAUACUUGGACUGCAUCAACAACGUUGCACACGUGGGUCACAGUCACCCAAUGGUGGUGAAGGCUGGGGCUGAACAGAUGGAGCUACUGAAUACUAACUCACGCUUCCUGCAUGAUAACCUUGUCCAGUACGCCCAGCGGCUGCAGGCUACUCUACCUGAAAAGCUCUCUGUCUGCUACUUUGUCAACUCAGGCUCUGAAGCCAACGACCUGGCGCUCAGACUGGCCUGGGAGUACACAGGCCACAAAGACGUCAUAACGUUGGACAAUGCAUAUCACGGCCAUGUGUCAUCGCUCAUUAACAUCAGCCCUUAUAAAUUUCACCAGCUGGCCAAUGCAGAGCAGAGCAAAUCUGUUCACGUGGCUCUGAGCCCUGACCUCUACAGAGGCAACUAUAGACAAGACCAUCCAGACCCCGCCACAGCAUAUGCCGAUGACGUCAACAAUCUUAUACAGAAAGCCCAUGAGAAAGGACACAAGGUUGCUGCUUUUAUUGCAGAGUCGCUGCAGAGUUGUGGUGGGCAAGUCAUUCCCCCUGCAGGCUACUUCCAGAAAGUGGCACAACAUGUUCACCGGGCUGGUGGCCUAUUCAUCGCUGACGAGGUGCAGGUGGGAUUUGGCCGUGUUGGCACCCACUUCUGGGCCUUCCAGCUACAGGGAGAAGACUUUGUGCCUGACAUUGUCACCAUGGGCAAACCCAUCGGCAACGGGCACCCCAUGUCAUGUGUGGUCACCACAAGAGAGGUAGCAGAGGCCUUCAAGAACUCUGGCAUGGAGUACUUCAACACGUUUGGCGGUAACCCUGUGUCCUGUGCCAUUGGCCUUGCUGUGCUGGACGUGAUUGAGAAAGAGGAUCUCCAAGGCAACGCGCUGCGGGUGGGGGGCUACCUGACGCGACUGUUGGAGCAGCAGAAGGAGAAGCAUCCACUGGUGGGGGAUAUCAGGGGUCGUGGCCUGUUUGUUGGGGCGGAGCUUGUGAGAGAUCGGGUGAAACUGACCCCUGCUACAGCGGAAGCCCAGGACAUAAUUUACAAACUGAAGGAACAACACAUCCUACUAAGUGCAGAUGGUCCUCAUCGCAAUGUCCUCAAGUUCAAACCACCCAUGUGCUUCUCUGAGGAGGACGCCGACAUGGUCGUGGAAAAGAUUGACCAGAUUCUCACAGACAUUGAGAAGGCGUUGGGGUUACAAAUGCCCUCCACAGUACAUACAAAGAAUGGAAGCCGUAAGAGAAAUGUUCAACCUGAGGAAAACGGAUGUCAUCAUUCAAAUGGAAUAGGCCAUAGCUGUGAUACGUCUCAACAGCAUGCCUCUCAGCAAAACAAAAGGCUGAGGCCUUAAUGGACUUGUGGAGUUUUGCUACUAAGACCUGAAUAGUGUGCCCUGCGCACUUACAUGUUUCGAUGGAUAAAGGAAGCGACUUCAUUCUCAAAUCUAUAAUGACUUUUGUAAGCAUUUAUAAUAUGUUAGUUACACGUUGAUGUUAUAAUCUUAAUCUCAGGUACUUUGAAAUGUGAUUGGAAAUUUGGACAGGCAUGUAUAAGGCCUGCUGUUCCUCCUUAUAGAGACAGAAUGCAAAUGAACUAGAAACCCAUACUGACAGUGAGGAACAAACUUAAUGUGCUAAUGUCCAGGAUGUCUUUAGAGUCAUGCAUUGAUCCCUCACUGUGACUUCAUAUUAAAUAGUAAAUGUCAAUGAUUACAAAUGCUAACUUUUUCAAAGUAUCAUAAUGAAAUAUAAAGAGCAUGAUAGGAGGCCUACUGAAAACACUAUAAAGUAGUAUUGGCCAUUGUCAUGUUAUUGCCCACAUUUAGAGAGGUUCUUCAAUGAAAUGUCAAAUAAAUAAUGCAGAGAGAAUUGUU